CCGGGGCUGGAGCUCUCGGUCCAGGUGCGGAUCUUCAAAAUCAUCGUCAUCGGAGACUCCAAUGUGGGGAAGACGUGUCUGACCUUCCGCUUCUGCGGAGGAACCUUUCCCGACAAAACCGAGGCCACUAUCGGAGUGGAUUUCCGCGAGAAAACAGUCAAUCUACAGGGAGAGACCAUCAAGAUCCAGGUGUGGGACACAGCCGGGCAGGAGCGCUUCAGGAAGAGCAUGGUGGAGCAUUACUACCGGAACGUGCAUGCUGUGGUCUUUGUAUACGACGUCACCAAACUGGGCUCAUUCGAGAACCUGAAGGCGUGGAUUCAGGAAUGUAACAGCCACUCGGUCUCUCCCCAUGUGCCGCGGGUCCUGGUGGGCAACAAGUGUGACCUGACCCGGGAGGUCCAGGUGCCGUCCAGCGCGGCGCUGCGCUUUGCCGACGCCAACAACAUGCUGCUGUUUGAGACAUCAGCCAAGGACCCACGGGAGAGCGAGCACGUGGAGUCCAUCUUCAUGUCGCUGGCCUGUAAGCUGAAGGCGCAGAAAGCUCUGAGCUUCCGGGAGACGGAAUGGCGGGAUGCCAACCUGCGGCUCUCACAGCAGCCCAACGGCAGGAAUCCCUGUCCGUGCUGAGCGGUCAGGAGGGAAGGAGCAGCACGUGAUCUAUGCACUGUGCACAUCAGUGACAGCCUUCCCUUGAUCCUGGCUGAAUACCACUUGACAGACACAACAUUUUGUACAUUACAUAAGAGCAUCUCUUAACCUCUUCUCUCUCCCUCCAACCCCGUCAAUUGAGUUGCUGUUCGGGUCUCUGUGCCACAGUACAGCGACUGUUUUUAUGCUGCUCUGUUGCCCUCAGCCUAUGUGACUGGCAUUGCCACCUGGGCAAGUGUCUUGGGAGACAUAAUAAUAAUAAUAAUAAUAAUAAUAAUCUAA